AGAUUAUUAUUGUAGUUACACGUCAUCCUGUCAUGUCACGUUAUUGAUUUUCCUUCUGUCUGAGUCAAAUUAGACCUUUUUAGGGCUUUUUUAACACGUUCGUCUUGAUAAGAAGCUUCUAAUAUGCAAGUUCCACCGGUUUUCAUUGAUAUCCCCCUAGAGGAUCAGACCCAAGAAUUGAGGGGCUACCUAAAAAGCUUGGGCGCCGAAAUAUCCGAGGAACGAUCCGAGAAAGGUAUCGAGGACGAUUUACAUAAAAUUAUUGGGGUGUGUGAGACAUGUUUUAAAGAGGGCAACGAGGCCGAAGUGGAGCUCGUAUUAAACGAUAUCGUUUCUAUGAUGGUCCUGGUGUCCCCGGACAGGGCCGAAAACAUAAUUCUGGCCUUUUGCGAAAAACUCACCAAAGCCCAGGGUCAGAAACUGGGCGAGGUGUGCCUCAGAGCAUUAUGGCUACUGUAUCAGUCGCUCGACGAAAGAUCACCGAUGAGAUACCCGGUCUAUUAUCACUUGCUGCAAAUCGCCAAACAAACGGACCAAAUCAAGACGAUUUUCCAAGAUAUCGGUCAAUUGAAGCAGCAGUUUGGCCAGUGUCCGCUAUCCAACGAAGAGCUUCAAAAGCUCUAUAGGCUCUUACACGAGGUUCUAUUAAAAAGCAAUCAGAGCGAACAGGCGGCCAAAGUAAUGGUGGAACUUUUGGGCACCUACACCGACAAAACGGCCUCGCACGCGCGCGACGACGCCAUCAGGUGCAUCACGACCGCCAUUGCGGACCCCAAAACGUUCCUCCUGGACCCCCUUUUGUCCCUAAAACCCGUCCACAUCCUCAAGGGUCAACUGAUCCACGAUCUGUUGAACAUUUUCGUUUCCGAAAACCUGGGGGCGUAUUUAAAGUUUUUUAAAGAGCACAAGGAGUUCGUGACCAAUCAGGGCCUGAAUCACGAACAAAACAUGAGGAAAAUGAGACUGUUGAGCUUUAUGCAGUUGGCCGAGGCCACUCCGGAGAUCUCCUUCGAUGCCAUCGAGCAGGAAUUGCAAUUGACUGGGGAUGAAGUGGAGGCCUUUAUUAUCGAAGUCCUAAAGACCAAACUGGUGACGGCACGUAUGGACCAGGCGGCUAAAAAAGUCUUCGUGUCGAGCACGAUGCAUCGCACCUUCGGCAGGUCGCAGUGGCAACAGUUGAGGGAUCUGUUGCACUCGUGGAAGAACAAUUUGUCGGUGGUACAGGACGGAAUGAAGACCGUCAACGCCGCCCAAAUUGAAAUGAUGCAACAACAACAACAACAAGCUCAAGCUGUUUAAAAUAAUUUAUAACGGAAAUAUAAAUGAUGAUUUUUUUUUU